AGAUGAUGGAGAACAGGAAGAUAUGACGAUAUGGAGAUGAGAGAAGGAGAACAGGAAGUGGAGGAUGGUUUUGGAUGAAGAUGAUCUUGGAGGAGGUGAAGAAGUCCUGGAUGGAUGUGGACGAGCCUUGAAGACGUGCCGUAUCGAGAAACAGUUCUUGUUGCCUGGGGUGAGGAAGGUAUUCCUUAUGGAUUUACCUACAACUAAGAAAAAUAAUCUUGUCUUGUUCAUUAUUUCUGGUAGAAAGACAGCAUGAUAUUGAGAAUUUUCUAGGUACUAGAGCUAGUCCUCUCUGUCACUCCUUUGACAUCUUUGAACGAUAGACUCAAUACUUCGUAUCUAAAGAUCUUUUCUCGUAUCUUCGUAAACGUCGUAGACUAGAAUAUACGCUCGUUCAACGUACGUGGGAAAGAAUCUUCAAAAUAUGUAGGAAAGAAUCUUUUCUCGUAGGUUAAAGGUCCUAUUGUAGAAUCUCAAUACGAGGAAAAAAUCUACCUCCAUCAUCACCACCAGGUAGGCUCUUGUUGUCAUCUUUUUCGAGGCGGCGACUGAUGACGGGAAACCCGGAAGCUCGAUUGGUGGAGAGUGCUGAGCAGCGGUCGAGACGAGGCGCAUCUUCGAAUCGGUGGUGGUGUAAAAACUUAGAGGUUGUUCUUCUUGUCUUCUUACCUGUGCAGAUAUGAUCUUCUAUCUUCUUCUUGUUAUCGCGAAGCGAGUAUCAAUAAGUUUAGCUUUCCACUUUUCCUUUCUUCUUCUCACCGCCAGCUGUUCCCAAUGCAGCUAAAUGAAAGUAAAUCCUUUUCUCAAUGAAGAUGUUUUUUCUCGCUGUUCUCAAGUUCGUCUUUUCUCAAACUUUGCAAGCAAUGUGCUUCAAAAUACCAACAUUCAUGAGCUGGAGUCGAAGAAGAAUUCCACACGACAAGGACGAUGACUUUAUACUGUUUCAUCGAAUAAGUAUCUGAAUGUCGUGUUACUAGGAUCUAUUGGACGCAGGUUGGAGGAUGUUGGAGAGGAAAUAUAUAGCGAGCAGAAGAACUAGAAGCUGCAGAACUACACAGGUAGAAAACUCUACUGAUGGUUAGGUCCCUGGUAUCCUACUCUCCUGUUAUUCGAGAACAACUGAGUGAUCUUCGUGUGUGGUACCUCUUCCUUCUGGAUCUGGGUUGUAGAAGACGAGGUAGUUUUGUCAAGCUCAGCUGCUUUACAAGCUAGUAUGCCAACUAUAUUCAUAUUGUUCGUUGUACCAACAUAAAGAUCUUGAUCUUCAUCAGUCUUCAUAUCUACCUAUCAGAAACGGCAUAUUACAAGAACCGAAUCUACAGCAUUCUAUCAUUUUUAUUUUAUGUGUGGUCCACCAAAGUUGGAGGUUCUACUCUGUGUCGUGUUUAUUGUCGUCGUUGUUCAUCUCGUGAACAACACGAACGAAAGCGUCAACUUCCAUACCCUCUGAAGCCGCUUGCAGGCGACUACCAAAAAUGUGGGCUAGAAGCUGCAUCUCCAUGACAAGUACACCCAACAUUUUUUAGUUAAGACAACGUGGUUACGACCAUGUUGCUGAAAACCCGUACCCCUGCUCAACACACAUACUAGACAAAAAACACUUGUCCGUGUUGUUCAUCUCCACAGUCCUCUGGCACUAUACCGAAUCGCGAAUGGUCCUCAAAAUAGACCUAGAGACUUGUAAUUGUAAUAUAGCCAGAGGAGGACGUGAACAAGAAACCUGAAGAUGUGGUCGCUGUUGCCUUAGAAACUAGGUUUACUAAUCGUGCACCAUCAGCGCAGGAG